AUGUCCCUCGCAAAAUACCCUGAAUUGAGUCUCGACCGAUGGGCGAAGACGUUUGGCCCGAUAUACACAUUCACUAUCGGGAAUCAGCUCUUCCUCGUCCUCUCCGAUCCAUACAUGGUCAAAGACAUCCUCGUCACGAACGGCGCCAUCUUCUCCUCGCGGAAGGAUAUGUUCGUAAAGGUGCAAACUAUCCUCCGGUAUCGCGGCAUCACGAGUACCCCAUACAACGAGCAGUGGCGGAAGCACCGCAGGCUUGCGAACAAUCUGCUCGUUCCCCACUCUGUCGCUACCUACAGCCGAUGGCUAGAAAUGGAGUCCAACGACAUGGUCCAAGGGCUGAUGCGCGACGGCAAGGCGGGGGCGAUCUCGAUUGACCCCCGGCCCUAUGCAAGCCGUGUAUCGCUGAACGCCAUCCUCCGGCUUGUGUACGGUACCCGGACCACCUCACUUGACGAUCCUACUGUUGCGGAGUCCCUUCGUAUAUCCCGCGAGCUGAUGAAUACGACUGGAUCUGUGUCCAAUCUCGUCGACUUCUUCCCCAUCCUGCAGAAGCUGCCGAACCGGAUGACCACGCGCGGGCGCAACCUCCACCGGGACAUCCUUGCCUUCAACCGGCCCUACAUCGCGGACAUCGAGGCGCGUCUGAAACGCGGCGAGGACGUCGCGGACUGUCUUGCGAAGACGCUGCUCCUCACGCGUGAAGAGGAGCAGCUGGAUGACCUUGAUAUCGAGAUACUCUGCGGAGCAAUGUUGAUCGGCGGCGUCGAGACAACCGCGUCUGUCCUGCAGUGGUUCAUGGCGCACAUUGCUGGGUACCCGGACGUACAAGCGAAGGCGCACGCAGAGCUCGAUAAUGUGUGCGGGCGCGACCGUCUGCCCUCAGUGGAUGAUGAGCAGGACCUGCCCUACAUCCGUGCCAUUGCGAAGGAAGUCGUGCGUGUCCACAACCCAUUCUGGAUUGGCACUCCGCACUACAGCACAGAUGACUUCUCCUACCACGGGUACGACAUCCCUAAAGGAACCGUCAUCAUCGUGAACAGCUGGGCGAUGCACUUUGACCCUGUACGCCAUCCGGACCCUUACACCUUUAAGCCCGAACGGUACCUCGGUGACAACCUCACAUUCGCCGAGUCGGCGCGUCUAGCCGACCCACUGCACCGCGAUCAGUGGGCGUUCGGCGCGGGGCGUCGCAUGUGUCCGGGAAUGGCCCUCGCAGAGCGGCAGAUCCUGCUCGGUAUUGCCUAUAUUCUCUGGGCAUUCGAUGUCGAAACCAUUCCCGACGAUCCAGUCGAUUUGCGGGAAUACGACGGCGUAGCGGGGCGCUCUCCCGCACCGUUCCGUGUGCGUAUGACGCCGCGGAAUGAAGAUGUCGCGCGCAUCCUCGACAUAUAG